CUGCUGACGGCGCCGAUAUCAAUGACGUCAUGACGCUAGCGUGCCUCAAAAUCACGUGACCGGAGCAUUUCAAACAAGCGUCAUAGUGGCAUAUGGAGAGCUCGACACUUCAGUAUCCAGCAGCCCAUCACUAGUUUGAUCUUAUGAGACCCUCGCGCUCCGACUUCUUCACGGCCGUAACAUCAAGCAAAGGGCUUUCCUAUUUCACAUGGUUAUACACUGGGCUGUCCAUGUGAGAAGUGGAUCUUAGAAGAGAAGGGCAGACACUUACUUAAAGAGAGAGAAAAGUUUCCCACAAAGCAUGGCUUCUGCCAAAGAAGAUGGCGUGGAUGAAAGGACGGUGGACAUUAAAGAAGAAGACUGUAAGCGGCUCACACCAGAGGAUGUGUGUGUGAAGCUAGAGGAUCACGAAGAAAGAAUUUCAGUUUUUAAAGAGGAGGAGGAGUGCAAGAUGGUGACUGCUGCCAUUAAACCUGAGGAUCUGAAUGAUUUUUCCAUUGGUCUUGAACUUCAAAAGUAUGAAACUGAGGAUAUUUUCAAGCAAGAUUCCUGUGAAGAAUCUCCAUCCAGUUUACAGCCCUGGCCCACUAGUACGGGACAACUGGCUACGCAGGAGAAUUCUUCAGAGCUGAAAUCAGAGUUAUCAGAGUCUGAGGAGAAAAUCAUCGAGGGAAAUGGGAGAGAAGGAGAAGAGUCACCUGGGAGUGUUAGAAUAAAUUUACAGAAGAAUGGCAGCUUCUCUCCACCUUCAUUUGGUCAGCACUCUCUUCAAUGCAAAGAGAAAGCUAUGAAGAAAUCAGCAAGAGGAUCAGAGAACCUGACAGCAGCCUUUUUGCAGUGCAGUUCUCUCCCUGCUAGUGGUGUAACACAGACAGAAGCCAUCAAAACUGAUCGACAGCAAGUGAAGGAAGAGAUCCAAAUUCAUUCUGCAAAAAAAACAUAUUGUUGCCCUGAAUGUGGUAAGUCGAUCUCAACGAGAAGCCAUCUUCAGAGGCACAGAAAAAUCCACGCAGGAGAAAAACCUCAUUGCUGUCCAGAAUGUGGAAAGUCAUUCUCCAGAAGAAGCCAUCUUCAUAACCACAUAAGAAUUCACACAAGACAAAAAUAUCAUUGUUCAGAAUGUGGUAAGUCUUUCCAAAGCAGAAGCCGUCUUCAGAACCACAGAAGAAGCCACAGAGGAGAAAAUCCUCAUUUUUGUCCAGAAUGUGGUAAGUCUUUCUCAUGUAUAAGCAAUCUUAAGAGGCACAGAAUAAUCCACACAGGAGAAAAACCUCAUUGCUGUCCAGAAUGUGGAAAGUCGUUCUCAAGAAGAAGCCAUCUUCAUAACCACAUAAGAAUUCACACAGGAGAAAAAUAUAAUUGUUCAGAAUGUGGUAAGUCUUUCCAAAGCAGAAGCCAUCUUCAGAACCACAGAAGAAGCCACAGAGGAGAAAAUCCUCAUUGUUGUCCAGAAUGUGAUAAGUCUUUCUCAUGUAUAAGCAAUCUUAAGAGGCACAGAAUAACCCACACAGGAGAAAAACCUCAUUGCUGUCCAGAAUGUGGUAAGUCAUUCUCAUGGAAAUGCCAUCUUCGUAACCAUAGAAGAAUUCACACAGGAGAAAAACCUCAUUGCUGUCCAGAAUGUGGUAAGUCGUUCUCAUGGAGAAGCCUUCUUCAGAACCACAGAAUAAUCCACAUAGGAGAAAAACCUCAUUGCUGUCCAGAAUGUGAUAAGUCAUUCUCAUUGAGAGGUAAUCUACAGAGACACAUGAGAAUUCACUUUGGAGAGAAACCUUUUUGCUGUCCAGAAUGUGGCAAACGAUUCUCACGUCCAAGCGCACUUAGGUGCCACAGAAUGAUCCACACUGGAGAGAAGCAGUACACCUGUUCUGAAUGUGGUAAAGGGUACUCUUCCAGAAGAAGUUUUCGAAGACACACACAAAGUCAUAUUGAAGUAAAGCCUGUCCCAGAAUUGAAAAAUGAUCUUUCCAUUUGCUCAUCAACCAAAAAAAUUAAAAAUAAAUCUGAAUGAGGUAAAGGACUCAAGGAUAAAGUAGUUAAUAAGUACAUAUGAAUAGUGGAGAGAACACUGAAGAUGGCAAACAGAUCGUAAAUGUAAGGUAACCUCAGAGCCACGCAUGACUUCACACUGGAAUGAACACACUGGAAUACAACACAUUUCACAAAAAGCUAGAAUCUUCUUCAACAACUUAGAAGUGCAAGAAAAAAACCUCGUUGUUGUCCUUAAUAUGAUUAACGCUUUUCAGACAGCAGUGGCCUUCAUAUUCAUAAAUGACUGGCUUACUUGUGGUAAGCCUCUUAGCUGUUCUGAAUGUUGAAAGUGGUCCUCCUGUAACAGCUGUCAUCAGCAACAUGUAAGAUUUCAUGGAGGACUCAGAAACUGUACUGCCAGGACGACAGCCAUACAGGGACUGACCAUCUCUGCACCAGUGCUGUGAAAUAAGAUGGUGAACAAUACAAACACCAGACAACAGAAUGAGGUAGCAACAGUACUGUGUGUUGAUAACAACUUCAACCACAGAACACAACUGAAAGUUCAAUGUAAUAAUGAAAAAAAUGGAGAAAUCAAAUUUAAUCCACCUUGCAGUGCCAACUACCUGGAGAUGCCAGUGACAACAAGGCAAAUAUUUCUGUUUCGGAGCUUUGGAGAUGGGGGCCUUAUCUGAGUAGCAAUGAACUUUUACCGUCUCUGGGAUGUCAUCUGAUGGCUGACGCCUGGGCUGAGUGCAGACAGCUGUUCUUAACUCUGAUAACGAAGAAGUCAUUUAGUGACGUCAGCUGACACCCAAUGCUGUCCAAUCAGAUACUGGGGAGGGACAGUCGAGGAGGACAGGAGACUAAAAAGAGAGCCGUCACAUGACAUAGCAAUGUAGAGGGGCUUUAUAAGACUUUUACACUAAUUUAGGUUAUCAUUUAUAAAUGACUAGCAAAAUACCCGUGCUUCGCAGAGGUGAAGUACUGCUUUAAAAUUUUAAAUAAUAA